CCCAUGAGUGCUGAGGUACAGAAAGGGCCAUGGAGUCCCCACAGACCAAGAGGUCCGAUAGGAGCCAUGUACAGCAGCCCUGGACCUAAAUAUGGCCUGCCAGGGAGUACAGGCUAUAUUAACCAUGACUUACGCAAAAGUAAAGCCCCGGCAUUUAGCUUUGGUAGACGCUCUUGCCAGCCCGUGAGUGACUGCUCUCCUGGACCAGGAUAUCUUAUACCAGCAAACAUCACAGUGCGGGGAAAGGAUGGCAUCCCUGCCUACUCCAUCUGCGGUAGAACCAAGAACUUGAGUGCUUUCCUCACCCCUGGACCAGGCAAUUAUGACCCUGAGCAUGCCGGGAUAUCUUUAUAUCCCUCUUCACCAAGGUACUCACUGGGACCAAGAACCAAGAUGCAUAGAAAUGACGAGUCUCCAGGUCCAGCAGCUUAUAAUCUUCCUCCUGUCCUGGGUACACAUUUAGUUACCAGAUCAUCUGCUCCAAACUACUCCUUAACUGGCAGGAGCCAGAUUGGCAGCUUCUAUGAAGACCUGGCAAAAACACCUGGACCAGGAACGUAUCGAAUUGUGGAUCCGAUCGCAUAUAAGUACAGGCCUCCUCAGUAUAGCAUGACAGCUAGAAACACCCUGCCUGGCGACAAUGCUCAAAAACCUGGCCCAGGAGCCUAUAAACCCGAGAAGGUGGUACUGACCCUGCCUCAAGCACCUCGUUUCUCCUUCGGAAUCCGCCACUCUCCUUAUGUUGCACCACUAUGGGUGGAUGCGGCAAACUAACAAGGAAGCAUGAUGGAUCAACAGCUCUCCCCAUGGCCCAUCCUUGGUGUGAGAGCGAUAGGCACAGAUAAGGAGCGGUACUUAAAAAAUAGACGGCUUUACCAUCUGGUGUACUGAUGAUAUCUCCCCUAUUAAAUGCAAUCGUACUG